AUGUAUCAGCCCGCGCAAUUGCCCCUGCUGGACUGGUUCAUCCCCGCAGUCUUCGACUUCACCUCUCUGCGUCUGGCGAUCUCGUUCCUCUCCCCACUUGUUCAGAUCAGUAAUAAGGAUGAAUCCUCGGGACUCAGGCGACAAGCGCAUACUCCGGGUUUCGUCGUCCCUCCAAUCUACCACGUUACAAUCUCGUAG